CAACAGCCCCACACCCAGCCAAGAUGUUCAAGUUUUUCGCUCUGUGCCUGCUCGCCGUCGUCGCUCUGGCUGCCGCCAAGCCUCAGUUCGUGGCCUACAGUGCUGCCGCCCCCUAUGUGGCUGCCACGCCCUACGCUGCGGCCUACACCAGCGGCGUUUACGCCUCGCCCUAUGCCGCAGCUUAUACCAGCGGCGUUUAUGCCUCGCCCUAUGCCUACAGCGCCUAUCCCUACAGCUCCGUGUAUCUGAGACGUUGAGGAUCGUCGGGACAUUCCAAUAUACGGAGUGAACACUGUACCGUUUGUUGCUGAACUUGAAAAUGAAUAUUGAAUAAAACGCGAAUUUCCAACUA